AGCACUAUAGCACCACUAUAUCACCAAUAAUCCCAGCCAUUCAUUACCCUAUGUGCGCGUGUCUCUGUCUUCAGGUUCGUCACUCUCUUCUCUCUACGCGUAUCAGCCACCCGCCCACCCCAUCCCCGUCCGUCUCUCUCUGCGCCGCCCUCCAUCUCCGUCAGGCUCCACAACUCCAUCGCCUAACUCUUUUUCAGGAUUCACACUCUCUCUGUUUUGCCUCUCCUAAUCCUCAAAUCAAUGGCAGGUCUCAAAUCCAGGAUCCAAAAACGAAAGCGAAAGUCAACAUCCUUGCAGUCAUGCUCUACAAAAAAGAGGGCUGAGUGGAUAAAUGACGGCAAAGAAAGUUUGAACAAUAAGGUGCUAAAUUCAAUAGGUGUAUGUGGUGGUCAAGUGAGGCCUGAUGAAUUGAAACAAGGAGAUGAAGAAAGUGAUCUUGUUGGCAUUCUUAUGCCAAUUCGCGGCCCUUCUAAUCAUCAAGGAAGUGUUACAUUUGUUCUUGAGGAGGCGUCAUUAACACUUGCUUAUAUUGGCAAGAGGUACCAGAUACUUUCUUCUGAUGAGCAUGCCGAUUAUUUGCGGAAAAAGAAGUUGAAUCCUUAUGAUUAUCGGCCUGACAUUGUUCAUGAGGCACUCCUUCAAAUUAUGGAUAGUCGACUUCGUAUGGCUGGUCGGUUGAGUGCAGUAUACAUCAAGACAGAUGGAGGAGCCUUGAUCAAAGUAGAACCAUUUGCUCAGAUUCCGAGGACUUUGGCAAGUUUCUGUAACAUGAUGGCCCAAUUGCUUCAAAAGCUGAGUAUCAAAGCAAAGGGCAAGGGUAUAAAGCUGUUGCGCCUGGUAGACAAUCCUGUAACGAAGCAUUUACCCUUCAACUCAUACAAAAUAGGUCUUUCAUUCAGCUCAGAAAAAGCUGUUCAACUGCGGGAUUAUAUUAAGGGAAUCCGUAGCAAUAGUGAUAUGGUGUUUGUGGUUGGUGCAAUGGCUCAUGGUAAAAUUAAAUGUGAUUACAUUGAAGACCUUGUAUCAGUGUCUCCCCAUCACUUGAGUUCGGGGAUUUGUUUGAGGUGUAUUAACAUUGCCUUGGAGAGGAUGUGGAGCAUAUUAUGAAGCGCCUAAGUGGCAUCAUCUCUUUUCUCUUCUUUCAAGCAUAAACUUUAUUUAUGGUUUUCGAUUGACCUGAACGCCGGUAAUGAGCCAAGAGUAGAACUAAUUUUUGCCCUCAUAUGAAGAGGUGAAGCAGCUUAUUGAGUGCAUAGAUCUGGCUCUGUUGAUUGAAUAGAGUAUCUGAUCUUAUGGGUGAAGUAAGGUGAAUACAAUAAAAAAGGGAGAAAGCAGACUCGGUCCAGUCCGCAAAUCUGUUGUUGCAGAGUAAUGGAGGGGGUGAGGGACAAAUGGGGUACACUUACUAUAUACAUAUGCAAUGUACGCAAAAAUCAUCACCAUCUUGGCCGAUCACCAUCAUCAGCAGCUUCCGUUGAUCUUUGCCAAAAUCACCGCGUAGAUCGUCGUUCCUCCUCUCUGUUCCCGGUUGUCUUCCAUCAUUCACCAUCAUCGCCGAGUUUCCCUUUCCUUUGAGCGCGCAGAUGGAGAUCUGCGGGGAGGAGAUCUAAGCAGAUUAAGAAGCAUCGCGGGAGUUCCUUGACGGAGUUCUACUUGGAUUCAAUUGAGGUUUUCGCCAAUUAAAUUGAGGUGAGUGAU